ACCACAAAGAGUAAGAGUAGUAGAGUAGUUGUUGCUGCAGUGUUGUUCCCGAAUAAUAAUAAUAAUAAUACACAGAGUAGUUUUAAAAGCAAAGACAGAGAUGGGAGAGAAGACAACAGGAGGAAAUGAGAAAGCAACGAGUGAAGCCAUGUCCAUUGUGGCCGAUAAGGCUCCCGUGACUCGUCGCAGGAAGGUGGCACAGGACCUUGAUGCUAAACUUCCUAAACCUUAUGUUCCCAGAGCACUAGUGGCAGCAGACGCAGAGCAUGUCAACGGGACAUGGGGGCACAGGCACCGCAACAUGUCUGUUCUUCAACAGCACAUCGCCUUCUUUGAUCAAGAUAAUAAUGGCAUCAUUUAUCCUUGGGAGACCUUUAAAGGUUUUCGUGACAUCGGUUUCAAUCCAGUGGCUUCCUUCAUUGUUAUGCUGCUUAUCCAUGCAGCUAUGAGUUAUGCAACUCUCCCUACAUGGUUGCCUUCGCCAUUUUUCCCCAUAUACAUCGACAACAUUCAUAAAGCCAAGCACGGCAGUGAUACUUCCACCUACGAUACAGAAGGAAGGUUCGUUCCAGCAAACCUGGAGAACAUAUUUACCAAAUAUGCUCAUACAGCGCCUGAUAAGAUGACUUUCAGGGAACUCUGGCACAUGACCGAUGCCAAUCGCAAUGUGUUUGAUUUCUAUGGAUGGAUAACAAGUAAAGUGGAGUGGGUAGGGUUGUAUAUACUAGCAAAGGACUCCGAGGGCUACUUAACAAAGGAAGCUGUUAGACGUUGUUUUGAUGGAAGUUUAUUCGAGUACUGUGCAAAGACGCGUAAAGGGGCUUCUGCAAAACUUGGAUGACCUCUCAAACAAUUCCAUACUCUUUCUACAUUCCUAUAACUUUAUCACAUUGUAAUAAUCUAGGGACUCAAUUACUUUCUGCAUUUUCUUAAUCAUGGGAUAACUAUUUCUUUUAA